AUGGAUUCAGAAUACAGAUUGCGAUCCAGUGCCUCUGCCGCAAGUAUACCGCGUCGAGUUCCCAGUAUCCGAGCUCAUCUUCAUUCUUCAGCUGGUUCUGUGUCUCCCGGUACAGUCAUCUCUUCGCCCCAGAUAGCCGCCAUGCUGGAUAUAACUCCGCUGCCCUCGCCGACCAUGGCCGCAUUCGAGUCUUGGAAGGCUCUUUCGCUCGCAAGAACCAGAUCCCGUGGCUCUUCUAUAUCCUCCGCCAAAGCUGAAGCAUUACCCCCUCCCCUUGUUUCGUCACCAACAACUCCUCGCCGAAAUAAAGGCUAUCCAGGUUUGAAAUCUUCUCCUCCUUCGCGUCCAGGUACAUCAGAUGGCCAGGUCCUCCCUGCCGAACACACCCGUACUAGAAGCGUCAGUGAUUAUGUGCCUGAACCUUUGGCUGUGCCGAAGCCCCGAAACAUUGCUGUGUCAAGUACUGGGGCGCCGGUCGCGAUCACAGAGUCUCCGACGUCUAUGCUUCGGGAGGAAUACCUCGGUCCACAAAGAGGUUGGAGCAAGUCCCUCGUUAGACCUCUCACACCACCACAGCCAACAAUUAAGAUAGAACGGAGUCACGAAGAUGAGCCAGCCGCAAAACGGCCAAAACUGGAAAUCUUUAACGCGCGAAGUGUUUCCACCGGGGAGCCCAGAGCCUAUGAAGCGAUUCGGAUCCUGGGCCAGGGGACUUUCAGCAAGGUCUACUUGGCAGUGCGACAAGUCGACAACGACCGCAAGGACAACGUCGAUUACAGGCAAGACAGUAUAAACAUGGCAGGCGUCCGCGCUCGAUCCAGACGACUUGUGGCUGUCAAAGUCGUAGAACACGGUCCAGCCGGUGGGGCCGAUGCGGAAAGGAUCGAGGUCGGGCUCAAACGAGAGGUGGAUCUGUUAAAAGCCAUACAACAUCCGUCGCUGGUGCAUCUAAAAGCAUUCGGCAAUGAUGACAAUGCUCGUGCUCUGCUAGUCAUGAAUUACUGUCCCGGAGGAGACUUGUUUGAUGUUGCGUCUAAACAUCGCGAGGUCCUGACACCAUCGCUCGUCCGAAGGGUAUUCUCCGAGCUGGUCUCGGCGGUGCGAUAUCUUCACCAAAAGUACAUCGUUCAUCGGGACAUUAAGCUGGAAAAUGUCCUUCUCAACAUUCCGGUCCGCGUUCACCCUGAUGUGCACGACUGGCAAACACUCGAUCGCGCAGUUGUAACACUUACCGACCUAGGCCUAUCGCGCCGCAUUCCCGAACCGCCAGAAAGUCCCCUCCUCACAACACGGUGUGGAAGUGAAGAUUACGCUGCCCCUGAAAUAUUAAUGGGCCAGCCUUACGACGGACGACAAACUGACGCCUGGGCACUUGGUGUUUUGCUAUACGCACUAAUGGAGGGACGCCUGCCCUUUGACCCUCUCCCUGGCGCGCGUGGGGACCCGGCCAUACUUCGUGCGCGGACACCACACAGGAUAGCGCGGUGUGAAUGGGCAUGGUUCAAGUAUGGCAACCAAGACGGAGAAUGGGAUCCAGUCAAGGGCGCAGAAUUCGAAGGUGCGCAUGAGUGUGUGGGUGGAUUAUUGAAGAGGAAUACACGGCGGCGACCGUUGGCCGAGAUUCGAGAAUUACCAUGGGUGAAGGAUGGCAUUCAGGUCGACGGGGGUCUCAGAUGGGUCGAAGAGGAAUUGUAA